AUGGAUCACAAACACAUGGAUCACAGCGGCAUGGACCACGGCAACAUGGACCACGGAGGAAUGGAUCAUGGAGGCCACGGCGGCAUGACGGACAUGUGCAGCAUGAACAUGCUGUUUACCUGGAACUCGGAGAACCUCUGCAUCAUCUUCAAGAGCUGGCACGUCCGCGGCACGGCGUCGCUGGUCUUUUCUCUCCUCGCCAUUGUCGCCAUUUGCAUUGGCUACGAGGCCCUGCGCGAGGCCACGCGGCGGUACGAGACUUGGGUCAACAAGCGACAGGAGACGGCUCCUCUCAUCAUCGGCGAACGAGAAGACGGACAAGAUCAUGUUACUGAGAAUACGCCGUUCCUGUGGUCAGGACAACACCAGGUCGAAGUCAGCAAGCGGGCGCAUAUCAUCAAGGCGCUGCUCUAUGCCGUGCAAUGCUUUUACGCCUUUAUGAUGAUGCUGCUUUUCAUGACAUACAAUGGUUGGGUCAUGUUGGCCGUCUUCAUUGGCAACUUUGUUGGCUAUAUCAUGUUUGGAAACUCUACCAAGGCGACCAAGGAAACUGCGUGCCAUUAA